AUGUAUUUCCAGCAAAGUUGGCGAGACAAGCGGUUGGCAUACGCUGAGCUGCCCCUCAACCUGACUCUGGAUAACCGCGUGGCGGACCAGCUGUGGCUCCCAGACACCUACUUCCUUAACGACAAGAAGUCCUUCCUGCAUGGUGUGACAGUAAAGAACCGUAUGAUUCGACUGCAUCCUGAUGGCACUGUGUUAUAUGGACUCAGGUAAAGCUAACUUUCACUGGAAUUCUACUGUACCUAAACUGGUUAAAGCCUGGUCUGUCAGACAGGACUGGAAGAGACCUUGGGAACAGUGAGGCAUGGGAGGAACUAGGUCUAUGUCUAAAUAGUAUCACGACCCUCCCGCCUUUUCACGUUCCUUACUUCCUUCCUUCCAAGAAAAUAAAAAGUCCAGAGAAUCACUGAUGAAAGCACAACUAACUUGAAAUAUUUUGCUGAAUUGCUGAAGCCAGAAUUUAAUUGUAAGUAGUUGAGGCGGCAGGUAGCUUAGUGGUUAAGAGCGUUGUGCCAGUAACCGAAAGGUCGCUGGUUCUAAUCCUCGAGCCGACUAGUUGAAAAAUCUGUCGAUGUGCCCUUGAGCAAGGCACUUAACCCUAAUUGCUCUGGAUAAGAGCGUCUGCUAAAUUACUAAAAUGUAAAAUGUAGUUAUAGCCUACCUUGACAAUGACAUGCUAAUACCUCACACGCAGUCAGGUACAUAAAGAUGAGCAAAAAAGACUGUAUAAUACAAAUACUGAGCUAUAUUGAUUGCUCCAAAAAAAGGGUAUGUUAUAUUAUUUUGUACUAAUACAAUUGCUCAGAGAAAGGGAUUUUGUUUAACAAGUAAUAUAAAAAAUCAAAAAAAGAUAGGUGGCAGAAUUAUUGCCACCCGUUUUCAGAACUCUAGCAUUCUUCCCUUGUGAGGAUAACGACACUGAGCAUUUUUCUAAAAUAUUUUAUGAGAUUGGAGAACAUGCUUUUCUGCAUAUGCUUCCGUUUUUCAUGUCAUCUGACCAUAGCACCGCCUGGAGUUUAAUAAAUGCCAUUGGCACUUGGAUUGGAACCGGUGCUAUGGUCAGACGACAUGAAAAUAGAGCUCUUUGGCCAUGCACACCAGUGGUGGGUUUGGUGUUGAAAAACAGAAGCAUAUGCAGAAAAGUACAUCAUACCUACAGUAAAAUAUGGUGGUGGAUCUUUGAUGUUAUGGGGCUUUUUUUCUUCCACUGGUCCUGGGGCUCUUGUUAAGGUCAACGGCAUCAUGAACUUUACCAAGUACCAGGACAUUUUAGCCCAAAACCUGGUUGACUCUGCAAGGAGGCUGACACUUGGCUGCAUGUGGAUCGUCCAGCAAGACAAUAACCCCAAGCAGGAAUCAAAAUCCACAACAAAAAAUGGUUAAUUGAAAACAAAAUCAACAUUUUGCAAUGGCCAUAUCAGUCUCCGGACAUGAACCCCAUUGAAAACCUGUGAUUAGAAUUGAAGAGGGCAGUUCAUAAGCGCAGACAAAGGAUAUCAAGGAUUCUGUAUGGCAGAAUGGUCUAAGAUCACUUUUUUAUUUCUCUGAGCAGUAUAGAUAGCAGUAGUAUAAAAUAAUAUAAUUUCCCCCUUUUUUGGAGCAUACAAUAUAGAUCAGUAUUUGUGUUUAUAAAGUAUUUUUUGCGCAUCUUUAUCAAGGGUGUCAAUAAUUAUGAACCUGACUGUACAUAUGGUGCACAUGUUUGUGUUUUUAAAUCAAUUAAUUUCAAUUAACUCUAUUUCUGGUGCAUCAUUUGUCUCUGGUGAAUGGAGGCCUUAGAGGACAAGACAGAGAGUCAGUGCUCUUUGGGUUAUAUAAUGCUGAUUUGCUUUGGCCAAUUAUGUUUGUUGAUUUGUUCCACAGGGCAGUCCCAUUUUGAAAUGUUUCAAAGCUAAAAACAAAUUCAGCUGCAAAUGUUAAUUAUAGGAAGCUUACAGCUAAAGGCACAGAUGCUGCUGAAUGGCUACAUGACUAUGUUAUGCCACUGCUAUUACCUAAUUCCACUCCACAAUCAGUGGAGAUGGCAUUUGGCUCUUGUCAUGCGCUUUCCUUAUUGUCUAGAAUAUUAAAUAUAUCUUAGGUAAGCCUCUGGAAAAGGAUUUUGUUAUUUUCAAGAAUGGGGGACUUUGCACAUGCCCAUUGAUAUGAAAUAUCAUGAUAGCAUUAUGGCAGUGGUCUCCAUUCCCACAUGAAAAAAUACUAUAGUAUACAAGGGUAUAAAUACUAUAGUAUACAAUGAUAGAAAUACUAUAUUAUACAAUGAUAUAAAUACUAUAGUAUACAAUUAUAUAAGUACUAUAGUAUUCACUGUAGUGUUUUUGCAGACUUUACUAAAGUCAGCAAAAACACUAUAGUGAAUACUGUAGAAUUUACUGUAGUAUACUGUAAUAUUUACAGUUAACUAUAGUAUAAAUACUGUAGUAAAAGAAAACGUAGUAUAUAUUGUAGUAAUUAAUGUAGUGUUUAUGUGGACUGUACUAUACUGUAGUAUUUACUGUAGUGUUUUUGUGGACAUUACUGUAGUAUUUGCUAUAGUUCUAUUAUCUUUGACAUAGAAGUGGAGGCUUUCUCCUUGAGGAAACUUACUGGAAAAAUAGUCAAAAGUUUUGAGAAUGACACAAGUAUUGGUCUUCACAAAGUUUGCUGCUUCAGUGUUUUUAGAUAUUUUUGUCAGAUGUUACUAUGGUAUACUGAAGUAUAAUUACAAGCAUUCCAUAAGUGUCAAAGGCUUUUAUUGACAAUUACAUUAAGUUUAUGCAAAGAGUCAAUAUUUGCAGUGUUGACCAUUCUUUUUCAAGAACUCUGCAAUCCGCCCUGGCAUGCUGUCAAUUAACUUCUGGGCCACAUCCUGACUGAUGGCAGCCCAUUCUUGCAUAAUCAAUGGUUGGAGUUUGUCAGAAUUUGUGGGUUUUUGUUUGUCCACCUGCCUCUUGAGGAUUGACCACAAGUUCUCAAUGGGAUUAAGGUCUGGGGAGUUUCCUGGCCAUGGACCCAAAAUGUAUAUGUUUUGCUCCCCGAGUCACUUAGUUAUCACUUUUGCCUUAUGGCAAGGUGCUCCAUCAUGUUGGAAAAGGCAUUGUUCAUCACCAAACUGUUCUUGGAUGGUUGGGAGAAGUUGCUCUCGGAGGAUGUGUUGGUACCAUUCUUUAUUCAUGGCUGUGUUCUUAGGCAAAAUUGUGAGUGAGCCCACUCCCUUGGCUGAGAAGCAACCCCACACAUGAAUGGUCUCAGGAUGCUUUACUGUUGGCAUGACACAGGACUGAUGGUAGCGCUCACCUUGUCUUCUCCGGACAAGGUGUUUUCCGGAUGCCACAAACAAUCGGAAAGGGGAUUCAUCAGAGAAAAUGACUUUACCCCAGUCCUCAGCAGUCCAAUCCCUGUACCUUUUGGAGAAUAUCAGUCUGUCCCUGAUGUUUUUCCUGGAGAGAAGUGGCUUCCUCGCUGCCCUUCUUGACACCAGGCCAUCCUCCAAAAGUAUUCGCCUCACUGUGCGUGCAGAUGCACUCACACCUGCCUGCUGCCAUUCCUGAGCAAGCUCUGCACUGGUGGUGCCCCGAUCCCGCAGCUGAAUCAACUUUAGGAGACAGUCCUGGCGCUUGCUGGACUUUCUUGGGCGCCCUGAAGCCUUCUUCACAUCAAUUGAAACUCUCUCCUUGGAAGUUCUUGAUGAUCCGAUAAAUGGUUGAUUUAGGUGCAAUCUUACUAGCAGCAAAAUCCUUGCUGUGAAGCCCUUUUUGUGCAAAGCAAUGAUGACGACACGUGUUUCCUUGCAGUUAACCAUGGUUAACAGAGGAAGAACAAUGAUUUCAAGCACCACCCUCCUUUUAAAGCUUCCAGUUUGUUAUUCUAACUCAAUCAGCAUGACGGAGUGAUCUCCAGCCUUGUCCUCGUCAACACUCUCACUUGUGUUAACGAGAGAAUCACUGACAUGAUGUCAGCUGGUCCUUUUGUGGCAGGGCUGAAAUGCAGUGGAAAUGUUUUUGGGGGAUUGAGUCGAUUUUCAUGGCAAAGAGGGACUUUGCAAUUAAUUGAAAUUCAUCUGAUCACUCUUCAUAACAUUCUAGAGUAUAUGCAAAUUGCCAUCAUAAACACUGAGGAAACAGACUUUGUGAAAAUUAAUAUUUGUGUCAUUUUCAAAACUUUUGACCACGACUGUAGGUAGGUAGGUAGGACUGGGAUCUGAGCAGAUAGUUCAAAGCUUCUGCCCUUUUCUAUAACUUGUAGCAAACACAAUCUAUGCUUGGCAUGUAGGUUUCUCACUUAUGGGUAGCACAAAUUGGUAUAUUGGGGAGUGGGAUGGGCGGGGUAUAUGCAAAUUAAAUACUGUAGUAUAUACAAUGCCUUCAGAAAGUAUUCACAGCCCUUGACUUAUUUCCAAAAAAAUUGUAUGACAAGGUGGGAUUAAAAUGGAUUUAAUUUUAAUUAUUUGUCAAUGAUCUUGUCACGCCCUGGCUCUGGGGACUCUUAAAAGUUGAGCCAGGGUGUGUAGUGUCUGUGUUGUGUUUUCUAUGUUCAUGUUCUAGUUUGUGUAUUUCUAUGUUGGCCGGGGUGGUUCCCAAUCAGAGGCAGCUGUGGCUCGUUGUCUCUGAUUGGGAACCAUACUUAGGCAGCCUGUUUUGCACAGUUCAUUGUGGGAUCUUGUUCCUUAAGGUUUGUUUUGGUGUGUUUUGGUGUUUAACCUAGGACUUCACGUAUCGUUUUAUUGUUUUGUUAUUUGUGUAUAGUACUCAUUAAAAGUACGCAUAUCACGCUGCGCCUUGGUCCGCUUCUUACAACGAUCGUGACAGAUCUACACAAAAUACUCUGUACUGCCAAAGUGGAAGAAAAAUAAAAAUAAAAUUAAAAUUAAAAACACUAAUAUAUCUUAAUUACAUAAGUAUUAAACCCCCUGAGUCAAUACAUGUUAGAAUCACCUAUGGCAGCAAUUACAGCUGUGAGUCUUUCUGGGUAAGUCUCUAAGAGCUUUGCACACCUGGAUUGUACAAUAAUUGCACAUGAUUAUUUUUUAAAUUCUUCAUGCUCUGUCAAGUUGGUUGUUGAUCAUUACUAGACAGCCAUUUUCAAGUCUACCAUAGAUUUUCAAGCCGAUUUAAGUCAAACUGUAACUAGGCCACUCAGGAACAUUCAAUGUUGUCUUGGUAAGCAACUCAAGUGUAUAUUUAGCCUUGUGUUUUAGGUUAUUGUCCUGCUGAAAGGUACAUUUGUCUCCCGGUGUCUGUUGGAAAGCAGACUGAACCAGAAUUUCCUCUAGGAUUGUGCCUGUGCUUAGCUCCAUUCUGUUUUUUUUUUUCCUAAAAAAAACCUCCCUAGUCCUUGCCGAUGACAAGCAUACCCAUAACAUGAUACAGCCACCACCAUACUUGAAAAUAUGAAGAGUGGUACUUAGUGAUGUAUUGUGCUGGAUUUGCCCCAAACAUAAUGCUUUGUAUUCAGGACAUAAAGUUCAUUUAUUUGCCAUAUUUUUUUGGCAGUUUUACUUUAGUGCCUCAUUGCAAACAGGAUACAUGUUUAGGAAUAUUUUUUAUCCUGUACAGGCUUCCUUCUUUUCACUCUGUCAUUUAGGCUAGUAUUGUGGAGUAACUACAAUGUUGUUGAUCCAUCCUCAGUUUUCUCCUAUCACAGCCAUUAAACUCUGUAACUGAUUUAAAGUCCCCAACUCCCCAUUGGCCUCAUUCAUGGUGAAAUCCCUGAGCGGUUUCCUUCCUCUCCGGCAACUGAGGUAGGAAGGACUCCUGUAUCUUUGUAGGGACUGGAUGUAUUGAUACACCAUCCAAAGUUUAAUUAAUAACUUCACCAUGCUCAAACGGAUAUUCAAUGUCUGCUUUUUUUUAACCCAUAUACCAAUAGGUGCCCUUCUUUGCGAGGCAUUAGAAAACCUCCCUGGUCUUUGUGGUUGAAUCUGUGUUUGAAAUUCACUGCUCGACUGAGGGACCUUACAGAUAAUUGUAUGUGUGGGGUACAGAGAUGAGGUAGUCAUUUAAAAAUCAUUUUGAACACUGCACACAGAGUGAGAUCAUGCAACUUAUUUUGUGACUUGGUAAGCACAUUUUUACUCCUGAACUUAUUUAGGCUUGCCAUAACAAAGGGGUUGAGUACUUAUUGACUGAAGACAUUUCAGCUUUUCAUUUUUAUUAAUUUGUUUUAAAAAAAUCUAAAAACAUAAUUACACUUUGGCAUUAUUGGGUAUUGUGUGUAGGCCAGUGACAAUUAAAAUCUCAAUUGAAUCGAUUUUAAAUUCAGACUGUAACACAACAGAAUGUGGAAAAAGUCCAGGGAUGUGAAUACUUUCUGAAGGCACUGUACUAUAGUAAUUACUGUAGUGUUUUUGUGGACUAUAGUGUUUAUGCAGACAUUUCUAUAGUAUUUACUGUAGUGUUUUUGCGGUCUGUAGUAUACUGUAGUAUUUACUAUAGUAUUCUACAGUUUACUACAGAAUUCUAUAGUAAGUACUGUUUGUAUUCUAUAUAUAGAAAGCUGUAGUAUUUUGUCAUGUGGGGACUUCAGUAUUAAUGAGAGAGUUUGAUGAUGUUUGGAAGUGAGAGGGGGAACUAAUAGGCUGGUAAAUGCUUACUUAAUAUGUCUCUUGGUGAAAUCAGCUGUAGGUGCAGGGGAGGGCGGGAUGGAGGGGUGGAAGUGGUAGCAGCUUCUCCUGCUGCCCAGAGGGAGUUGGUGAAAAGGUGGAGGGAUGAAUUGAGGACAGAAUCAUAAAGUGAGAACAGAAUCAUGCCUGUGUAGAGUACCGAAUGAAUCUAGGGCAGUGGUAUUGGUACUGGUAUUGGUAGUGGUAUAUAGGGCAGCAGGUAGCUUAGUGGGUAAGAGUGUUGUGCCAGUAACCGAAAGGUCGCUGGUUCUAAUCCCUGAGCCGACUAGGUGAAAAAUCUGCCGAUGUGCAAGGCACUUAACCCUAAUUGCUCAUGUAAGUCGCUCUGGAUAAGAGCGUCUGCUAAAAAUGUAAAAUGUAUUCAAAGCUGGGGUAGCGGGGAAUUGCAGAUGGGGUUGACAAAUUAAGAGUGAAUGUAUUUAUUGGUUCUCUUAAUUUUGAUAAGAGAGAGGAAAUGUAAUGAAUUGAAGGUUAUUCGUUAAUGUAAAAAUCUAGAUUCACCGAUUUUAAGAUUGUGUCAUUAGAUUUGGGGUGAGGUGAGCCUCUAUGACUUAUCAUAAAGACCAUGACCCCUUUACUUCACGGGAAGAUAUAUUCAUACUUUUUUGUUGUUGUGUUCCUGUUAAUUUGAUUGAUUGACAUGUGAGCUUCUCUUACAGUUUAAGCCUGGAGUGUUUUCAGCAGGCAUGACACAUGGACACAACAUUGUUUUGAUUGUGCAACAGAACGAAUAUAGUAGUCACUAUAGUACUGCACAAGACAAACAAAUAUAGCGUACCACUUAUUCCUGUUUAUUUUGAUUUGCUGGGAUGUGAGGAGGAGGAGGCACAUUUCCCAUCCAGAAUUCUGUGCCCCAGAAAAAAGCAACAAAAAACCCUUCUAAUCCCUCAUCACCACAAUGUCCCAGUUUCAUCAAUGAACCAGCCCAGACAGUGAGUCUGCAGUGAGGUUCUCACAGAGACCCACCCAGAUGACUGGGGGGCUGCUGGGGGGAGAGGAGCAUCCUGGGGCCCUUUCAAAGUAACACAGCAGCCGAAGCCCCAGGGGUCACAGGCUUUGUUUCUUCCCCCAACAUGUUGCAGCUUUGGUUUACAGGAGUCAUGUACAGUAAAGUUGUGAGAUAGAAAACAAUGUGCAGUGCAGAGUGAAAUGCCCUUGGUCUAUGAUAAAGCCGGAGGGCAGUGAUAAUGAGGUUAUGUUGUGUUGGGCCUUGGGGAGAGUCAGAAUACCUUUGCGACGGCAUUAUGCCUUAACACACCAAAGUGAAGGUUGUCAAAAAGUAUGUCAUCACAAAAGGUGACUUACUGGAUGGAAAUGUGUUCUGUUUUCAUCAUGGUUGUAUAGCCCCUGCAGAAAACCCCACAUUGUUUUGGUAUUGCACUCUAUACACUUCACCAGUACCUGUGUAUGUGUUUGAUAGUAGUUAUAGUGGCUUGUAUUAGCCUGCACACUGCAAACCUCUUGCUUUGUGCUGAAUUGUCCAGCAGCCUGGAAGACAGCAUGGACUCAGGCAUCUUAAAUUAUGGAUCGGAAAUGUAAAAUAGGCUGUUGUAAAGGGUCUCUCCCCCGCCUCCUAAAACACACAAACACACAAACUGUGUACCUAUCAAACUCUCUCCGUGAAUGUGGCAGUCGAUCUGACACACAGGGGUGAUGAGUUGUAACUCAAUUACUUUUUCCAUUCAGGCAAACCAGUGAGCUCCCUGUUUCAUUUAAACAAGAAGCCUGAAAACAGGCGAAAGAUGGUAUGAUUUAACAGAACAGAUGUAAUUAUUAAAAUGUGCUGCACUGGUAAAAUCUGUAACCAGUGUGAUUUUCCUGGGCUUCUGGAUUUAUGGAAAUGAAAUAUAAUGAAUAUAUUUAUAUAUAGCAGUCAAUCACAAUUUAGUGUGAGAUUAAAGCACAUACUCAAUGCACAGGUGCUAACAUUUUGCUAAACAUUUUCUACUGAUUCAAUGUAUCCCAAGGGAAUAAAACAAGCUUGGUAAAUUGACUUUCUGCAUUUGAUUGUUGGCUUUUGGGCUUGAAUGAAUUAGAUGUUUACAUUCAACAUUACCUAUGGUUUGUACCUAUGGUUUUGUUUGAAGUUAGUGGUUUAACAGUUUGAAUUCAUUCAAGAUGUUUCUAUGGGUGGAAGUGUAAAUAUGUAGCAAACAUCUCCAGUGUUUGAGGUUGCUGUCACAACAUAGAUUAGGGCUGUCAUAAGGCCUAUGUGAGCACAAAAAUGCUACUCACUGAGACACAUUCAUUUUGUAUUCCAACCUCUCUCUAUUUGGAAUCCACUUGCCUCAGUCAGAACACAUUCCCAACAACCUCACCUUCUGCUAUUUCAUUCAUUUAAAAUUCAUAAAGAGCUGGCCACGGCUAUUAUGGAUGGUCUCAAACAGUUGGCCAGAUUAUGAGAAACGAACCCACGUAUCUUUCUCUCCUUCCCCCUUCCUUUCUCAUCCCUCGCUCCUAAGAAAUAGACCUUGGACAGGUUUGUAUGCAACACUAGUCUGCCAAUGAUUGCAUUUCCUUUUUCCUUUUUUUUCAAUACGAGACAACUGCCUAACAUUACUCAUUUAAAGAUUCACAUCGUGCAGUCAAGGCUAAACUACGAUUUCUUAAAGGUUACCAAGGUAACAGCGGUUCUAUCUACCCCCCUUUUCUCUCACCCUCUAUGUCUCUGCUCUCCUUUUUUCCAGAAUAACCACCACAGCAGCUUGCAUGAUGGACUUGAGGAGGUACCCGCUCGACGAACAGAACUGCACCCUGGAAAUCGAAAGCUGUAGGUGGACUUAAUACAAGCGUCUUCUCCCCCCCAUUCCUCCCCACUCUGGCCAAGUAACACCCCCCCCCCCUCCAACAACUGCCUGCCUGGGCUUCUCAAGGAUCUCAGCAGGAAUGUCAUCCUGACAUUUUCACUGGGUAACACAGCAAGGGACAGCCCAUGAUUGCAGGCAGUUAGUGUUUUUUAUAAUUCAGCACACGUCUCUCUAUACAUUUCAAGCAAAAGCCAACCUUUAGACCUGUCAUACGGUACUGUAUGUCUCUAGUAGCCUGUUGUUUCUGUCAAUAUAUACAAAACAUAUUUGGAAUUUAACCUUUUGCAGUAUGGGUUGCAGAUGGGUAAUUCACAUAUUUUCUGAAACGAGUAGUCUUACAAUGCAUUAUAACUGCAUCAUAAUGUGUUAUACCUGCAAGCGUUAGGUGUUACUGAGAGAUGAAACCCAAGUAAUUCGGCCAAAAUCCUCCAUACAGUCUAACUUCAACCUCUAGCUUAGACUCCCGGGUGAUUCUGAUGUAGCUUAGACUCCCGGGUGAUUCUGAUGUAGCUUAGACUCCCGGGUCAUUCUGAUGUAGCUUAGACUCCCGGGUCAUUCUGAUGUAGCUUUGAUCUGGGGUGGUUUAGGUCUGGGCAGGGCUGGUGUAGCUUUGACUCUGGGCUGAUUCUGGGUGCAGUCCUCAGAGGCCUGCUCUCAGCAGAUGUGAUCAUUAUGGAUCAUUUAAAGGCCUGCUCUCAGCAGAUGUGAUCAUUAUGGAUCAUUUAAAGGCCUGCUCUCAGCAGAUGUGAUCAUUAUGGAUCAUUUAAAGGCCUGCUCUCAGCAGAUGUGAUCAUUAUGGAUCAUUUAAAGGCCUGCUCUCAGCAGAUGUGAUCAUUAUGGAUCAUUUAAAGGCCUGCUCUCAGCAGAUGUGAUCAUUAUGGAUCAUUUAAAGCAGGAUUGGCCAGCGUUAUUGGCAUCUCUGACUCUGAAUGCCAUUUCUUAUAGAUGCUUUCACUCCAAGGGCAAUGACUGCAUUGACAGAAGCAGGUGAAAUGUAAAAUACUUGCUUGUAUUUCAAUUAGAAGUCGUUACGUAUUGACCACUGAAUGCAACUAGAGCAGGCAGAUGGACCCACUCUGUUGUAACAACAUCAAUGCUCCUUUCAUGGCAAAGCAGCACAUAGGCAUGGCAUUGGAUGGAUUUCUUUAUUCGACCCAAAAACAGGAUACACUUGAUUUUACAACCCUGAGUAAAAAAAUAUUUAUCACAUCCUAACAUAUACAGUGAGGGGAAAAAAAUAUUUUAUCCCCUGCUGAUUUUGUACGUUUGCCCACUGACAAAGACAUGAUCAGUCUAUAAUUUUAAUAGUAGGUUUAUUUGAACAGUGAGAGACAGAAUAACAACAAAAGUCCAGAAAAACGCAUGUCAAAAAUGUUAUAAAUUGAUUUGCAUUUUAAUGAGGGAAAUAAGUAUUUGACCCCUCUGCAAAACAUGACUUAGUACUUGGUGGCAAAACCCUUGUUAGCAAUCACAGAGGUCAGACGUUUCUUGUAGUUGGCCACCAGGUUUGCACACAUCUCAGGAGGGAUUUUGUCCCACUCCUCUUUGCAGAUCUUCUCCAAGUCAUUAAGGUUUUGAGCCUGACGUUUGGCAACUCGAACCUUCAGCUCCCUCCACAGAUUUUCUAUGGGAUUAAGGUCUGGAGACUGGCUAGGCCACUCCAGGACCUUAAUGUGCUUCUUCUUGAGCCACUCCUUUGUUGCCUUGGCCGUGUGUUUUGGGUCAUUGUCAUGCUGGAAUACCCAUCCACGACCCAUUUUCAAUGCCCUGGCUGAGGGAAGGAGGUUCUCACCCAAGAUGCGGUGAAGUUGUCCUGUCCCCUUAGCAGAAAAACACCCCCAAAGCAUAAUGUUUCCACCUCCAUGUUUGAUGGUGGGGAUGGUGUUCUUGGGGUCAUAGGCAGCAUUCUUCCUCCUCCAAACACAGCGAGUUGAGUUGAUGCCAAAGAGCUCGAUUUUGGAGUCAUCUGACCACAACACUUUCACCCAGUUCUCCUCUGAAUCAUUCAGAUGUUCAUUGGCAAACUUCAGAAGGCCCUGUAUAUGUGCUUUCUUGAGCAGGGGGACCUUGCGGGUGCUGCAGGAUUUCAGUCCUUCACGGCGUAGUGUGUUACCAAUUGUUUUCUUGGGGACUAUGGUCCCAGCUGCCUUGAGAUCAUUGACAAGAUCCUCCCGUGUAGUUCUGGGCUGAUUCCUCACCGUUCUCAUGAUCAUUGCAACUCCACGAGGUGAGAUCUUGCAUGGAGCCCCAGGCCGAGGGAGAUUGACAGUUCUUUUGUGUUUCUUCCAUUUGCGAAUAAUCGCACCAACUGUUGUCACCUUCUCACCAAGCUGCUUGGUGAUGGUCUUGUAGCCCAUUCCAGCCUUGUGUAGGUCUACAAUCUUGUCCCUGACAUCCUUGGAGAGCUCUUUGGUCUUGGCCAUGGUGGAGAGUUUGGAAUCUGAUUGAUUGAUUGCUUCUGUGGACAGGUGUCUUUUAUACAGGUAACAAGCUGAGAUUAUAAACUACAAGAAAUGUCUGACCUCUGUGAUUGCUAACAAGGGUUUUGCCACCAAGUACUAAGUAAUGUUUUGCAGAGGGGUCAAAUACCUAUUUCCCUCAUUAAAAUGCUAAUCAAUUUAUAACAUUUUUGACAUGCGUGUUUCUGUAUUUUUUUGUUGUUGUUCUGUCUCUCACUGUUCAAAUAAACCUACCAUUAAAAUUAUAGACUGAUCAUUUCUUUGUCAGUGGGCAAACGUACAAAAUCAGCAGGGGAUCAGAUACUUUUUUCCCUCACUGUACAAAUGUGAAACCGCCGAUGCAUACAGGGAUCGAUUCAGACAUAAGAAAUGUACGCCUUUCCUAUGCACUCCUUUCCCACGCACUUCUCAGUAGUUGGUAUUCAGACUUAGCUUAUGCAGGUGCGUAACGGGCUUUGCAGGCGUGGUUCCCUUGCGCACAAUGAAUACAUUUAACUCAACCACUGAAAACACUCCCACUUGCUGGCCAACAGAUUUUCUCGUGGAGUUUUCAUUCCAUGGGGUUUUCAGUACAUUUAUCUUAAGCCAUCCCUUUAAAUACAGUGUACCUUUAAUUAUAAUUUUGUCGACAGACUCACUAGAGUACACCUAAUAUGAUCCUCUAAUGCUAGCGACCCUCAGGAACAACUACACAGACGUGACAGAGGAAAGAAAGGUAAACGGAAUGGAAUGAUACAAAAUGUAGGCAACAAAUUGAAGGAAACGAACACUAAAGUGACAGUUAUAAAUGUAUGUGGGUAUUACUGACGGUGACUCCCAAUAGUGGAUAAUAUUUAACAUGAUACAAAUUGUAAAAUAACAUUGAAAAAAGGCUGAGCAUAUAAUUAAAACAUUCUGAAGCGCAUACAUCAACUGGGCAGGUUCGGCCCUACAGAAGCCUAUAGCUUGGGUCUCCAAAUUUCAUCCACGCAAAUUAUGAGGGCAUACAAUUACAAUUCAGAAUAACGGUACAGCUAUUUAUAGCCUACUUCACUGUGGAAAAGGGGCCGCAAUACAUGUCAUGUUGAUUUUCAGUUUGCUUCUAAAUAUGACUGGUUUCACAUUCGUCUCCAGGGAUCAUAAGACAAAGUAAUUGAAAACAAUUGCUAUGUGCCAAAACAUGCCAAAUGCAUAGUCAUAGUUCCUGGACCUCUAACUUAAAAAAAAUAUUACAAGUGGAUGAAUGGUGGUCCGGUGCUUGCUGCUAUAUGACCCUGGACAGAGAGCUGGCACAGCCAGAAGGCAGAAGAGGGGUAAUUCAAUGUAUAAUACAGUAUAGGCACCUAUAUCCAGGGAAUGUAAUUGCAGUGAGGUUUAACUUUACAGUGAAUGUGUGAGGCAGCAUAUUACCUGAACCACACUACAUAAAUCUAUCUCAUACUUCUCACUUUGAUUCCACUGGCAUUGUAAUGGAGCCCUGGAGACACUGGCAGACUCACCAUUAGGCAGAAGAGGCAAUUGCCUCAGGCCUCACAUAAUCAAGGGGCCUCAUGAGCUGGGCCCCUUGAUGAUACUGUAUAUAUACACUACCGGUCAAAAGUUUUAGAACACCUACUAAUUCAAGGGUUUUUCUUUAUGUGUACUAUUUUCUACAUUGUAGAAUAAUAGUGAAGACAUCAAAACUAUGAAAUAACACAUAUGGAAUCAUGUAGUAACCAAAAAAGUGUUAAAAUAUAUUUUAUAUUUGAGAUUCUUCAAAUAGCCACCCUUUGCCUUGAUGGCCGGUGUAGGCCGUCAUUGUAAAUAAGAAUUUGUUCUUAACUGACUUGCUUAGUUAAAUAAAGGUUGAAAAAAAUAAAAAAAUUAAUGACAGCUUUGCACACUCUCUGAAUGAGUAGGUGUUCUAAAACUUUUGACCGGUAGUGUAUAAAAAAUAUUAAAAUAAUCUCUCUGUUCAAGGCAAAAUAAAUAAUAUAUUUUAAAAAAUCCCCAUCAAAAUCUGUCUGUUUAAGAUAGAGAUAUCUGUUUUGCAUGGGCCACUGCAUCCACAAAUGUCGGCCUUCCACAUCUGCGGUGGAAGGUGGCAGAUCUACAGCGGUGUUUGUCAGACCAGGAGACAUGUCGAAUAUCGGUCUUCUCAUGAAAACAUCUGUAGCGUCCGAACGGUUUGGCCUAGAAAUUAAUAUGACCCCUCUAUGGAAAGAUGGGACUCUCACGGACACGAUGGAGGUGUCCGUUACUGGGCCAAAAAAAUGAAUGGAAGUGAAUAGGGCAUUUCCACAGUAAAAAAUCAAAUUAAAAAAUCUGAGCAGUUUAUAGGACACACACUUCAAAAUAUACUUCCUUUUGAUUGCAUUUUUUACUAUCUGUUUUUAUGAAUCUGUUAUUCAAUGUGUUUCUAUGGGAUAAUCUGACCAUAACUCUAUCCUCCUGAUUCCUGCUUACAAGCAAAAACUCAAACAGGAAGUACCAGAGCCGUACUCAAUACGGAAGUGGACCGAUGAAGCACAUGCCUAGCUACAGGACUGUUUCACUUGAACAAACUGGAAUAUGUUCCGGGAUUAAUCCGAUGGUAUUGAGGAGUUUACCACAUGAAUAAGUGCAUUGACCACGUCGUCCCCACAGUGACAGUACGUACAUAUCCCAAACAGAAGCCAUGGAUUACAGGCAACAUCCGCACUGUGCUAAAAGCAAGAGCUGCAGUUUUCAAGGAGCGGGACACUAAUCCGGAUGAUAAUAAGAAAUCCCGCUAUACCCACCGACAAACCAUCAAACAGGCAAAGCGUCAAUACAGGACUAAGAUCGACUCCUACUACACCAGCUCUGACGCUCAUUGGAUGUGGCAGGGCUUGCAAACUAUCACGGAUUACAAAGGGAAACCCAGCUGCGAGCUGCCCAGUGACGUGAGCCUACCAGACGAGAUAAAUGCCUUCUAUGCUCGCUUCGAGGUUAGCAACACUGAACCAUGCAUGAGAGCACCAGCUGUUCCGGACGAUUGUGUGAUCACGCGCUCUGUAGCCAAUGUGAGUAAGACCUUUAAACAGGUUUAACAUUCACAAGGCCGCAGGGCCAGAUGGAUUACAAGGACGCGUACUCAGAGCAUGCGCUGACCAGCUGGCAAAUGUCUUCGCUGGCAUUUUCAUCUCCCUGACCCAGUCUGUAAUACCUACAUGAUUCAAGCAGACCACCAUAGUCCCUGUGCCCAAGAACGCCAAGGUAACCUGUCUAAAUGACUCUUGCCCCGUAGCACUCACAUCUGUAGCCAUGAAAUGCUUUGAAAGGCAAGUGGUGAGGGUAGGCAACAACACAUGUGCCACGCUAACCCUCAACACGCGGGCCCCUCAGGGGUACGUGCUUAGUCCCUUCCUAUACUCCCUGUUCACCCAAGACUGCAUGGCCGCGCACGACUCCAACACCAUCAUUAACUUUGCAGACGACACAACGGUGUGUAGGCCUGAACACCGACGACAAUGAUAGGAGGAAGUCAGAGACCUGGGAGUGUGGUGCCAGGACAACAACCUCUCCCUCAACGUCAGCAAGAAAAAAGAGCUGAUCGUGGACUAUAGGAAACGGAGACUGCUGAACAGUUAAUCAAAUGGCUACCCUGACUAUUUGCAUUGACCCCCUUUUUUUUGCACCAGCUCUAUGCACAUUCACUGGACUCUACCCACACACUCAUACAUAUUACACUGACACUCCAACACACACAUACUCACACACACAUGCACACACACAUGCACUACAUACGCUCACACAAAACACACACACACAUGCACAUUGAUGCCACACACAAACACACUCACAAAUAGACACACUUUCACACUCUUUCACACUCUUCACAUACGCUGCUGCUACUCUGUUUAUUAUCUAUCCUGAUUGCCGAGUCACUUUUACCCCUACCUACAUGUACAUAUUAUCUCAAUUACCUCAACUAUCUCGUACCCCUGCACAUUGAUUCGGUACCGGUACUCCUUGUAUAUAGCCUCGUUAUUGUUAUUUUAUUGUUACUAUUUCCUUUUUUAUUUUUUGCAAAUUUUGCUUACUUUUUAACUCUGCAUUGUUGGGAAUGGGUAAAGUCUAUACUUGUUCUAUUCGGCGCAUGUGACAAAUAAAGUGGGGGAAAAAAGUAUUUAGUCAGCCACCAAUUGUGCAAGUUCUCCCACUUAAAAAGAUGAGGGAGGCCUGUAGUUUUCAUCAUAGGUACACGUCAACUAUGACAGACAAAUUGAGAUUUUUUUCUCCAGAUGAUCACAUUGUAGGAUUUUUAAUGAAUUUAUUUGCAAAUGAUGGUGGAAAAUAAGUAUUUGGUCACCUACAAACAAGCAAGAUUUCUGGCUCUCACAGACCUGUAACUUCUUCUUUAAGAGGCUCCUCUGUCCUCCACUCGUUACCUGUAUUAAUGGCACCUGUUUGAACUUGUUAUCAGUAUAAAAGACACUUGUCCACAACCUCAAACAGUCACACUCCAAACUCCACUAUGGCCAAGACCAAAGAGCUGUCAAAGGACACCAGAAACAAAAUUGUAGACCUGCACCAGGCUGGGAAGACUGAAUCUGCAAUAGGUAAGCAGCUUGGUUUGAAGAAAUCAACUGUGGGAGCAAUUAUUAGGAAAUGGAAGACAUACAAGACCACUGAUAAUCUCCCUCGAUCUGGGGCUCCACGCAAGAUCUCACCCCGUGGGGUCAAAAUGAUCACAAGAACGGUGAGCAAAAAUCCCAGAACCACACGGGGGGACCUAGUGAAUGACCUGCAGAGAGCUGGGACCAAAGUAACAAAGCCUACCAUCAGUAACACACUACGCCGCCAGGGACUCAAAUCCUGCAGUGCCAGACGUGUCCCCGUGCUUAAGCCAGUACAUGUCCAGGCCCGUCUGAAGUUUGCUAGAGUGCAUUUGGAUGAUCCAGAAGAGGAUUGGGAGAAUGUCAUAUGGUCAGAUGAAACCAAAAUAUAACUUUUUGGUAAAAACUCAACUCGUCGUGUUUGGAGGACAAAGAAUGCUGAGUUGCAUCCAAAGAACACCAUACCUACUGUGAAGCAUGGGGGUGGAAACAUCAUGCUUUGGGGCUGUUUUUCUGCAAAGGGUAAAGGAAAGAAUGAAUGGGGCCAUGUAUCGUGAGAUUUUGAGUGAAAACCUCCUUCCAUCAGCAAGGGCAUUGAAGAUGAAACGUGGCUGGGUCUUUCAGCAUGACAAUGAUCCCAAACACACCGCCCGGGCAACGAAGGAGUGGCUUCGUAAGAAGCAUUUCAAGGUCCUGGAGUGGCCUAGCCAGUCUCUAGAUCUCAACCCCAUAGAAAAUAUUUGGAGGGAGUUGAAAAUCUGUGUUGCCCAGCGACAGCCCCAAAACAUCACUGCUCUAGAGGAGAUCUGCAUGGAGGAAUGGGCCAAAAUACCAGCAACAGUGUGUGAAAACCUUGUGAAGACUUACAGAAAACAUUUGACCUGUGUCAUUACCAACAAAGGGUAUAUAACAAAGUAUUGAGAAACUUUUGUUAUUGACCAAAUACUUAUUUUCCACCAUAAUUUGCAGAUAAAUUCAUAAAAAAUCCUACAAUGUGAUUUUCUGGAAAGAAAAUUCUCAUUUUGUCUGUCAUAGUUGACGUGUACCUAUGAAGAAAAAUACAGGCCUCUCUCAUCUUUUUAAGUGGGAGAACUUGCACAAUUGGUGGCUGAUUAAAUACUUUUUUUCCCCACUGUACAUUUGGAUUUGAUUUGAUUUGUUCUCAUACAGUUUAGCUAAGUGGGUGACAAAAGCUUAGACCAUGUUAUAUACAGUACCAAGGGACUGAAGGCCUAUUUGCCUCUGCUUUGGUCCAUUCUGCUUCCCUAAUGUCAAAGGUGCGAGAUUCUGCCAGUACUGAACCUGUUCAUUCUCCUCUCAUCCCCUCCCCCCAUUCCCUGUAACCUGAGACAGAUGGGUACACCACAGACGACAUUGUGUUCUACUGGCAUGGAGGGGACACUGCGGUGACGGGGGUGGACAAGCUGGAGCUUCCUCAGUUCUCCAUCGUAGCACUUCGCCUGGUGUCCAGGGAGGUCAGGUUCACCACAGGUAAGGCCGCCACACCUCAUAUCUGUGCUGAAGGGUUAGUGUGCCAUAAGAAUUUAUUCUCAGAAAUAUGCAGAAAUACAUUUUAAUGAUCCUGUGUAUACAUAUUAGUUAUUUUUCAACUUAACAAUGAUAGAAUGUAGGUUUGCUUGUAGGAUGAGUUAAAUUGUCAGUCCAGUUCCACUCACUGUUUUGUGUUAUUAAUGUUAUUCCAAUGGGUAGCACUUCCAACUAGCUGCUUAUCAAUUCAGAGAACGUUGCCUGCAGAAUAUUUUAAGUAAUCUCCAUGUGACAGUUAACUUGAGUUCAUUUAGUAGUCUAGUCUUUAAGUAGUCUUGCCCUUGUGUGUGCACUUGUUUAUUUAGAUUCACGAGGUACAGCAGGAAGGAAUAAAAUAUGCCCGGAUAUUGAUUCAUUAAAAGAUUUACCGGACCAGGGAGAUGAAAGGGUCAUUUCUCAUUGUGUGUAGCACACAGUUGAUUGCCUUUUAAAUGAAAACCAUCAUGGCUAUCUUAGGCCCUUUCUUUCAUUUUGAUAAAGUGGUCAUACAAACUCCCUUGAGGGAAUUAGUUGUGCAUUCAUAGCGGUAAACAGUUCUCUCUAGCUGAAGUAGGGGAAAGUCAAAGCCACAGGGGAAUAUCUUUCUCAUUAACAACUUGUUGUUGAGCUUGUUUGAAUAAUCAAUACAUUCAAUGCAACCAAUUAAUGUCUCAUCAUAACGAGCUGACAUUUUUCUCUGCAACAUGCAUUAAUGUUAAGCGCCAUAGGUUCACCCCACUAGCUUCAUCACAGUCUCAUGUGGGUUCCUCCUCCCCACUUAAGUAGUGAGAAGACGUGCUCUCCAAUUACGAGCCUUUUUAAAUCCCCUUUUGGUGAUAUUUAGAGGACAGAGAAAGUGCUAAACAGAGUAAAACACAGCAGCUCUCCGUGACAAUUCUCAGAGGGAUGCUGGAGCUGCCUGCUGAGAUGGGGGGUUGCAGAAAAAUCUGCUGUGUUUGCGACUUUCUGCCAUGUUUAAUUGGAAUCGAACUUGUCCCUGGAAAGGAAUCCAUUGCUUUGGGGAAAUGAAGUGCUCCUUCUGAACGAAUGGAGAAAUGACUACCCCGCGCAUUGUCAAAGUGCAGACUUUGGAACUCAUAAGUUGUGCCAGCGGUUCUUCCUUUUCUGCACUGAUGUGUUUCCUCUGCCCCUCUCAAUCACUCUAUCACUCCAUCACUCCAUCCUCUCUCCUUCUCUCUUGUUCUCUGUGAAAGGUUCCUAUCCCAGGCUAUCAUUGAGUUUCAGGAUUAAAAGGAACAUAGGCUACUUCAUCCUGCAGACAUACAUGCCCUCCAUCCUGAUCACCAUCCUCUCCUGGGUCUCCUUCUGGAUCAACUACGAUGCCUCUGCAGCUCGGGUGGCCCUGGGUAAGAAUCCAUCUCCACUGCAAUGUUUCAGCAACACAGAGUAUUCCCAGUGAACACAGUGGGCAACGGUGUCUUCAACGUUUCUCACAAGGUUGCUCUAACAUUGCAGUAACUUAUGUUGCUACUGCAGUACAAAAUGCUACGUACAAUUUUGAAUCAGGAUAAACAGAUUAGUAACCAUCUCCCACUUACACAAAGGAGCCAUUACUACCACUCAUAAUUUUCACUUUUCAUUGAAAACAGAAAGCUACGAAUCUACCCAGCAGGAGCAACGUGUCAAACAAUGUUUAGAGGCGCACAAACUUCCCACUCAAAAUCCUUACAUUGCAUUUUGGUCUUCCUGAUGACCAAAUACUUUACUUUAAUGGUGAUGACUACUGAUGUAUAUCUAAUAAUAAUGUAUUUAUGUUUGUGUUUGUGUUUGCGAUUUCCAGGUGUUACAACGGUGCUCACCAUGACAACCAUUAACACCCACCUUAGGGAGACCCUCCCAAAGAUCCCGUACGUGAAAGCCAUCGACGUCUACCUCAUGGGCUGUUUUGUGUUUGUGUUCCUGGCCCUGCUCGAAUAUGCCUUCGUAAAUUAUGUGUUCUUUGGCCGGGGCCCCCAGCAACAGAAGAAAAUCCACGAGCGGCUGAACAAAACCAAUAACGAGCGCUCGCGAUACGAAGAGAAGCGCCUGAGGGAACAGGUUUGCAUCUUCAGCUGCCUUCUUUCUCUCUGUAUCAGAAUCAGAAUCCUAGUGUAAAACAAUAUUUUGUUUUCUUUGAGAAUCCCUAGCACAGGCAUCUGUUAUUUUCACAAGAAUACGAAAUACGCUUUCCUCUAUGUUGGUUUGGCAUAAGACAGUACUUUCACAAGCCUAUAGAUGCUACCUCCACCAGAUACAUAUCCAAAAACCAUCCUCCAUUGCUUUUCCUCCAGCACUGACUCUUUGAUUUUAAUGAAUAUCGUUUUUUGGCAUUGAGAUAUACUGUAGCUGUUCAUUUUACUACAUUCCCAUUCUCUUCUCAGGUUGUUGUCUUUGUUUUUGCUGUGGACUUGAUUCAGUCUUACCACUGUGCUGUCCUGGGAGUUGCAUUUUUACUAACAUUCACCCACUUUUGUCUAAUUUUAAUGGGUAUGCAGCCAGAAACAUUAGUAUUCAAGGGAAAAUGCUAAAACGGUCCGACUGAAUGAAGCCCCUUGUCUCUGUGUCUGAAAUAUGACAUGCCAUGCUUAUGCAAAGUUGUUCUUGUUAGCCUUAUGUUUAUGCAUUCUGUAUUUUUAAGAUGUGCUUAAUUGUCAGUGUUUUAUAGGCGUUUAAUGUUCUCUUAACUUUUUUUUUUCAUUGCAAGGACUCCAUUGCCACGCCGUUUCAAACCAACACCCUCAGGUCAUAUACACAGAGAAGAAAUCUGUACCUCGAGGAGCAAAGAAAAGUUGGGGUACAUGCAUUUAGAAAUCAUAUGAGCUGUGGGACUGCAGUCUAAUAGAGGUCUGCUAAAAUGGUUGAUAGAGUGAUGGCAAUUAAUUUGUGUCAAUUUACUCUCAGUGAAAAAGCACCGUAAGGCACUAGCUAUAAGGGAGAAAAUGGGAAAAGUGCAUAAAUUCAGAAUUCUUUAAAGAGGCAUGAAAAGAUUACAUUUCCUUCCACAUCAUCAUUACGUUUGCUUUAGCUUGAAAAUUGGACAUGAAAAUGAAAAGCUGGGUGGGUGUAGAUUAUUAUUAGGGCAGUUUGGGGUAAUGUCACUGUGUUCUGCUUCUCCCUGACGUUCUCUCUCUCCCCUCCUCUGUCCUCCAAGGUGGACGCUUACGGGAACAUCCUGCUCACCACGCUGGAGAUGAAUAAUGAGGUGAUGCCGUCAGACGUGGGAAGUAGUGUCAGUGACUCCCGGAAUUCAGUGAUGUCAUUCGACAGCUCUGGGGUCCAGUUCAGGAAGCCCAUGGCUCCCCGCGAUGGCUUCAGUCACCACUCACUGGACCGCAGCGCCAUGCGCAGCAGGGCCAACUGUCGGCUACGACGGCGCUCUUCCAAGCUCAAGCUGAAAAUCCCUAACCUGGCAGAUGUCAGCACCAUUGACAAAUGGUCCCGGGUCCUUUUCCCCAUCAUGUUUGGAUUUUUCAACCUAAUCUACUGGCUGUACUAUGUGAAUUGAUGUGAAUCCCACUAGGAAUCAUGGGCCAUAUUUUGAGAGCACAUUAAAUUGGCUUUGAUACAGUUGGAAAAUAUGUAUACACAUGUACAAGUUGAUACAUAUGUAUAUGCAUAUUUCUAUAUAUUAUAUUUAUAUAUACACGUGUGUGUGUAAAUCUGAAGGACUUUUCUCCUGUAUAAAGCAUUAUUAGAAUGACUUGAAUGUUUAAGAAUAAUUGCGAGAGAAACUUUCAAGCCUUUGAAUUUUCUCCUGAAACAAACAAACAAACUAACUAACUAACUAACAAAUAACCAUCAGUUCCCUUGGGGGGAUUUUGGAACUAAAGACUGCAUGAUAUUUUUGCUAAAAAGAAAGCGAAAGCUCUUGAGAGAAGAAAUGUCUCAGAGUCUCAUUGGCUUUUUAUUGAUACUCACUGUAAUCAGCAUCCUCUACCGCAGCUCAUCAAAUCAGAGGUGGCUUGUGUGUUCAGGCAUCGGCAGAGUCAAGUCCCUAA